AUGAAGAAACGUCGAUAUUCGAGUGUCAUAUUGAAUCCGCACUCAUUAUUCUUUCUACUUUUUCGAUUAAAUUUUAUAUUUCUGAUAUUUGUUGGCUACACGUCAUCAACAACUCUCCAGAAUGAACUCAGAAGACGUCAGAGUCAUCAGGUGGAAGAUGACCUUACUCCCUAUCACUCCCACCAUCUAUCCACACCUCCUCAAGAACAACAGCCCCAUUAUUCAGAAGAUCCAGAAUCAGAAGACGUCAUAUCUACGUCUUCCAGUCCCUUUCAUCAUACCGAAUCUAAGAAAGGAAUCGAAGAAGAGGAAGAAGAACUACUUCCGAUGGAAAGGCUCAAAAGAGCAUUCGGACGAAAUGAUUAUUUAUUACCGGAGAAUUUCAAAACCCUUCGACGGGCGGAUAUUCCAGUCACCUAUCGAUUACACGAUGAUUUGUUGAGAUAUUAUCGAAAAGGCACCCGCCCUGUCACGCAUCCGAAAAAAGUCAUAUCAGUCUCCAUGAGUGUAUUUCUGUAUCAAAUUGUCAAAUUGGACGCCGUCAAGAACACCAUCAGUCUAUCGGGCAGUUUCGAAUUGGUGAGUUUUUGA